AUGUUCUACUUCCAUUGUCCCCCGCCGUUGGAGGGUGCCACGGCCUUCGGCGGGCCUUCCACCGCCGACUUCGAGGACGGCUUCCUCCGUCGGAAGCAGCGUCGGAACCGGACCACCUUCACGCUCCAGCAGCUGGAGGCGCUGGAGGCGGUCUUCGCCCAGACUCACUACCCGGACGUCUUCACCCGGGAAGAGCUGGCCAUGAAGAUCAACCUGACCGAGGCCCGCGUGCAGGUCUGGUUCCAGAACAGAAGAGCUAAAUGGAGGAAAACAGAGAGAGGAUCUUCUGAUCAAGAAAGUUCUAAGGAGGCCGUGACAGAAGUGACACCCCCUGGAAGAAAUUUAAGCUCCCCCUCCCCUGCUGACCAGCCUAGGAAUAAGAAGGAGAGCCUGGAGAUUCAGCAGAGCCUCAGCAGAGCUGUUGGUCCUUCUGGAUCCUUCUUCCCUUCCUGUCUGCCGGGGACCCUCCUCAAUACAGCGACCUAUGCCCAAGCCUUGUCCCAAGUAGCAUCCCUCAAAGGUAGCCCUCUGUGCUCCUGCUGUGUCCCUGACCACAUGGGCCUCUCCUUCCUCCCCACGUACGGCUGUCAGAGCAACCGCACAGCUAGCGUGGCAGCCCUGCGCAUGAAGGCACGGGAGCACUCGGAAGCCGUCCUACAGUCGGCCAACCUUCUGGCCUCCGGCAGUCCCAGCCCCAGCCCGGCCUCUGGGCCAAAGUCGACCUCCGAGAAUGCCUUGGACAACAAGCCCCCCUUGACCAUGGAGCACAAGGAAAGCGAGAAGAGCGUUUGAGAGCCCACCUUCCACACACAGGGACCCCUCACGCCCUCCAAAGCCAAAAUGAAGUCCAACUCCUUGGGUUGUUCUGCAACUGGGAGAAGACUCGGUUGCUGCAAAUUAGCAAGAUGUAGGCGCUCACUUGUUUUGGCCAUCUCUGAUCGGUAGCUUCACUUCCCUCAGGUUCCUUAUUGCUCUCACUAAAUCUGUCGGCACCUUCUGCCAUUACAUUAGCUCAGUUGAAAGAAGAUUUAGAUCAGGGGAUCUUCCCUAUGGUGGAAGGCAGAAGGACGUCUCCCAAUGCCUCCUGUACGCGUAGCACCCGUCAGCCUCUUCAUUAAGCAAAGGCGCAUAGAAACAUGCUGGCAUCUCAGAUGGCAGAACCUGAGAUUGUGAGAACAUGAUCAGCCUGGUUCAGGAGGCUGGAAUAUGCCGAUUGACCCAGGGACUUGGGCAAUGAUCCGUAAUGUGCAGAAAGGGAAGCCGAAAUCACGUACCUGCUAAUAGGCUUAGCCUUAUUGUACCGAUGAUACUGGACUUCUGUCCAUGCCCAGGAUAGAAGGAGCAUGGUGAGUCUGCAUUAUAGGAAUCAGAGAUACUUUCAUGAAACCAUCUACCUUCCUUUAGAACCACAAGGGGCACCAGCGGUGGCAUCUAGGAAGUGUCUGGCCAGUGAA